UACUUUUAUCUAGCUACCAGAUAACUGGAACAAUCUGCCCCGAGAAGGAAAUUAAAACAAUCAGAUGGAGAAGAUGGAAGGAGAAGCAGCAAUGGCAGCAGCUUCUGAUGAAGCCUCGCACCAAAUCCACACUCUCUUAAAUAAAGACGACAUCAACACCCUUAAAAAUUUACAGCUCUUAAUAUUGGGAAGGCUACAGGACAGUAAUGCAGUUCUGUCUCAUUUUAACGUUUAUUCAGAAAAUUGUUUUGCAGAUGUUGCAAGUGAUUUUUCAAAGAAUACACGCCUUCUAAAAUCAAUGAAAACAGACUUGGACUACAUAUUUCGGAAAAUAAGAAGUAUGAAGGCACGGAUUUCAAGCCAGUAUCCAAAUGCUUUUAAAGAUAUUCCAAGUGCAAGCAUUGUAGACCAAAGGCCUAAUCUAGAAGAACGCUCUUGAGUCUUCCCAGCUGCAUCUGUGAAUGCUUUUGCUGCUCUACAACUGUAUAUGAUGGUGUAUUUGCUGAUUAACUGUAUCUUUGUUCAUGUAUUUGCCUACGAACAGCAAAUUUUGUUAAUGCUUUUGACUUUCUAAAGCUGUAUAUGUUGCUGUUGUUGCUGAUCAGUUGCUUCUGAUCUUGUACUUGUAAUUUUUGCUUCUUUCUCCAAUAAAAAAAAGUAAAGGUUAUGUCAUUUCAUAAA